GUCGUCAUUGCCUGUUGUUGUUACAUUGCACCGGUUUUGCAAGAAUAUAACACGUUUUUGGAAUUCUAUUAAAUAUUAUCAUAAUGGGGAAACUGAACGUUACAAUGCUAAGAUAUUUGAGUAAAGAAGACUUUCGAGUCCUUACAGCGGUUGAGAUGGGAAUGAAGAACCACGAGAUUGUUCCAGCUCCACUGAUUGCAUCUAUAGCUCACCUUCACUCUGGUGGCUGUCACAAAGUAUUGAAGGAACUCAGUAAACACAGACUUGUAGCUUACGAACAUGGUGGCAAAAAAGUUCCAGGAUAUCGUCUGACCAACUCGGGGUAUGAUUACCUUGCCUUGAAGACAUUGACAUCACGAGGUGUUGUUCAGUGUGUUGGAAACCAGAUAGGUGUUGGAAAAGAAUCUGAUAUCUACAUUGUAGCAGAUGAAGAAGAAAAACAAUGGGCCCUUAAACUUCACAGGCUUGGUCGGACAUCAUUUCGUCAGUUGAAAAACAAGAGAGACUAUCAUAAACACAGAAACAAAGCUUCCUGGCUGUAUCUGUCCAGGCUAGCUGCCAUGAAGGAGUUUGCUUUUAUGAAGGCUCUUUAUGACCGUGGUUUCCCAGUGCCUCAGCCAGUAGAUUUUAACCGUCAUGCUGUCAUUAUGGAACUGCUCAGUGGUUACCCAAUGUAAGAUAUAUUUAAUGUUCAUUGUAAAAACAAUUACAUGAUGAUGAUUUAUGGUAUCCAGGUAACAGUCAGAAAGGGGAACUGUGGUGAUACAAAAAAUUUCAAUGAUUUAAUCAAAAAUUAGAUACAAAGAAGUGUGCCCAUGAUUGAUUUCCCAAAAAUGAUUUAAACUUCACAUGAAAUGCUGAAUUGGUAUUUUAACCGAGACGUAGACUGUAUCCGGAACUUCUUCGCCAGAAGGUUUCAUUAUGAAAGUGAAUUGUAUCCAAAAUUCUCAGAUUUGAGGAGAACUGGUGACCUAGAUGUUGAAGUUGCAGCUAGUGGAUUUACUAAAGAUCUUGCUGCUAAAUUUGAUGAAGCUGCGGAGGAAUUUAACAUUCUCGGAGGUCCAGAUAACCCAAGGGUAGAGGAAGAUGAUAGUCAUGAUGAAGAUGAUGAUGAAUAUAGUGAUGAUGAUGAGGAUUCACUUGAUGGGGAAGAACAAGAAAAAGAUAUCAAGGAAAAUUUCAAAGAGGUGGAUACAGAAAAGGGAGUUGAUGGAGAGGUUUGUCAUGAAAAGAACAAUGUUGAAACUGAUAAUACAAAGUGUGAAGCUUCAUUUGAUAGUAGAGACAAAGAGUCUGAACACGAAAAAGAGGCUACUGGUAGCAAAGAUUUAGAUGAAAUUGAAAAGGUCACUGAAGUAGAGAGAGACUCAGAUGAUAAUAUUGAAGAUGAUGAAAUGUAUAAUAUUAGUGCUAAAAACAAAGAAUAUAGACCAUUUAGAAAUGAAGAAAGUAGAGAUCAUAUAAAUUCACAUCUACAUAGGGGGAGAAGUAGGAACUCAGACAGUAUGUGUACAACAAGUACAGUGUCGAGUAUAGCUCCCGAGGUGAUCAGAGCUAAGGUGAAGAAGCAACAGAAACAACAGCAAGAAAGACAGAAAGCUCGUAGAAUUAGGAAAAGUGGCGAGGCUUCAUUGCAGACAAAACUAAGACGGGAUACACAACUGGACAUUAAAGAGAGUACAUCUAGUGCCUGGUUUUAGAAAAACAUCUUGUGACUGGUUCUAUAAAACAUCUAUUCCAUCUUCCUUUUACUUCUCAGAAUAGUGUUCUUGAUAUUUUAGAGUGAUCUUCUAAUUAUUGUCAAAGGAAUAAAAUUGUACACAGUUCUCCUCUGGUGCCAAGCCCUAUUUAUUUAGAUUAUCAUCUAAAUUAUCGAUAGUGGAUAGGAACCCAAGACUUGCUUUAAAUAGUUGUAAAUAUUUAUUAUAUGAUUGUUUUGGCUACGUUUUUUUGGGUUUUUUAGCUCACCUGUCACAAAGUGACAAGGUGAGCUUUUGUGAUCGCGCGGUGUCCGUCGUCCGUCCAUGCGUCGGUAAAUUUUUGCUUGUGACCACUCUAGAGGUCACAUUUUUCAUGGGAUCUUUAUGAAAGUUGGUCAGAAUGUUCAUCUUGAUGAUAUAUAGGUCAUGUUCGAAACUGGGUCACGUGCCUUCAAAAACUAGGUCAGUAGGUCUAAAAAUAGAAAAACCUUGUGACCUCUCUAGAGGCCAUAUAUUUCACAAGAUCUUCAUGAAAAUUGGUCAGAAUGUUCACCUUGAUGAUAUCUAGGUCAAGUUCGAAACUGGGUCACAUGCCGUCAAAAACUAGGUCAGUAGGUCUAAAAAUAGAAAAACCUUGUGACCACUCUAGAGGCUAUAUAUUUUACAAGAUCUUCAUGAAAAUUGGUCAGAAUGUUCACCUUGAUGAUAUCUAGGUAAAGUUCAAAACUGGGUCACGUGCCCUCAAAAUCUAGGUCAGUAGGUCAAAUAAUAGAAAAACCUUGUGACCUCUCUAAAGGCCAUAUUUUUCAUGGGAUCUGUAUGAAAGUUGGUCAGAAUGUUCAUCUUGAUGAUAUCUAGGUCAAGUUCGAAACUGGAUCACAUGCGGUCAAAAACUAGGUCAGUAGGUCUAAAAAUAGAAAAACCUUGUGACCUCUCUAGAGGCCAUAUAUUUCAUGAGAUCUUCAUGAAAAUUGGUCAGAAUGUUCACCUUGAUGAUAUCUAGGUCAAGUUCGAAAGUGGGUCAAGUGCGGUCAAAAACUAGGUCAGUAGGUCAAAUAAUAGAAAAACCUUGUGACCUCUCUAGAGGCCAUAUUUUUCAUGGGAUCUGUAUGAAAGUUGGUUUGAAUGUUCAUCUUGAUGAUAUCUAAGUCAAGUUCGAAAGUGGGACACGUGCCUUCAAAAUCUAGGUCAGUAGGUCAAAUAAUAGAAAAACCUUGUGACCUCUCUAAAGGCCAUAUUUUUCAUGGAAUCUGUAUGAAAGUUGGUCUCAAUGUUCAUCUUGAUGAUAUCUAGGUCAAGUUUGAAACAGGGUCAUGUGCGGUCAAAAACUAGGUCAGUAGGUCUAAAAAUAGAAAAACCUUGUGACCUCUCUAGAGGCCAUACUUGCAAAUGGAUCUCCAUAAAAAUUGGUCAGAAUGUUCAUCUUGAUGAUAUCUAGGUCAAGUUUGAAACUGGGUCACGUGCCUUAAAAAACUAGGUCAGUAGGGCAAAUAAAAAAAAAACCUUGUGACCUCUCUAGAGGCCAAACUUUUCAUGGGAUCUGUAUGAAAGUUGGUCUGAAUGUUCAUCUUGAUGAUAUCUAGGUCAAGUUUGAAACUGGGUCAACUGCGGUCAAAAACUAGGUCAGUAGGUCUAAAAUUAUUAAAAAAAAUUUGACCUCUCAAGAGGCCAUAUUUUUCAAUGGAUCUUCAUGAAAAUUGAUCUGAAUGUUCACCUUGAUGAUAUCUAGGUCAGUUUCAAAACUGGGUCACGUGCAGUCAAAAACUAGGCCAGUAGGUAUAAAAAUAGAAAAACCUUGUGACCUCUCUAGAGGCCAUAUUUUUCAUGAGAUCUUCAUGAAAAUUAGUGAGAAUAUUCACCUUGAUGAUAUCUAGGUAAAGUUCAAAACAGGGUCCAUACCUUCGAAAACUAGGUCAAUAGGUCAAAUAAUAGAAAAACCUUCUGACCUCUCUAGAGACCAUAUUUUUCAAUGGAUCUUCAUGCAAAUUGGUCAGAAAUUUUAUCUUGAUAAUAUCUAGGUCAACUUCAAAACUGGGUCACAUGAGCUCAGAAACUAGGUCACUAUGUCAAAUAAUAGAAAAAACAACGUCAUACUCAAAACUGGGUCAUGUGGGAAGAGGUGAGCGAUUGUUUAAAUAGCCCACACACGUUCCAAACAUUCCAGACCACUACUCUUUUCUUUAUAAUGACUUAUAGUAUGUGCAGAAUCGGCUGAAUAGUCAAAGGAAUAUGGCUCUAGUGACUGGUUCUAGAUAAACAUCUGACUGGUUGUAGAAAAUACCAGUGAAUAUUUUUCAAGACCUCAAACAGUUCACUUUAUACUUUAAAAAUUAGAUUUAAUUAUACCCCCACAAAACGAAGUUUGGGGGUGGGGGGUAUAUAGGAUUGAGCUUGUAUGUUGGUCGGUCGGUCCAUUGGUUUUCAUGGUUUCCGGACAGUAACAAAGGCUUGACAGAUUGAAAUAAUUUUUGGUACACAGGUGUAACAUCAUAAAAUACAGGUCAUGUUUGACUUUGAGGUCUAAGGUCAAGGUCAUAAUGACCCGGAACAGUUAAACAGUUUCCGGAUGAUAACUUGAGAAUGCUUGGGCCUAGGAUAAUAAAUUUUGGUACAAAGGUGUAACAUCAUGAAAUACAGGUCAAGUUUGACUUUGAGAUCAGUAGGUCCAACGGUUUCUGGAUGAGAACCCUUGGGCCUAGGAUCACAAAAGUUGAUAGGGAGGUUGGUCAUGACCAGCAUAUGGCUCUAUUGAUUUGAGGUCAGUAGGUCAAAGGUCAAGGUGACCAGGAACAGUUAAACCAUUUUCGGACGAUAACUUGAGAACGCUUGGGCCUAGGAUCAUGAAACUUAAUACGGAGGUUGAUCAUGACCAGCAGAUGAUCCCUAUUGAUUUUUAGAUUUGACUUUGACAUUGGCUUAUUUCUGUGACAAGGCCGUAUUGUGGGGGUAUAAUUCGUCACUCCUGUGACAGCUCUAGUUUAAUUUAAUGGCUAUCAAGCAAUAACUGCUUUAGACUGCUUUAGAUUUUACAUCUCAUUCUACUCACCAUCAAGCACGAGAUUUGAGAUGUUAUGUAAGCCUCUAUGUCUUUUAAUUAUGCUGUCUUCUCUAUUGCUUACAGUUAGAAGAAUGAUCCUGUAAUAAUAAAAUAUAUACUGGA